CAUCUUUUCCACAUGUGAUGCUGGUGUUGACAGCAUGGGUACUACAAGAGGGCAUACACACUACUCAGACUAUGAUGAAAUUAAUUGCCUGAUUCUUCAGCCUUGUUGGUAUCCACCAUCUCAGCCAUGCAACUUUGCACUGCUCUACUACUCAGCAGCAGGUCAAGUGCUGACCCAGCACCCCUUUGCACCAGUCUUUCAAACCCUGGCCACACUAACUAAUCAACCUGAUUGCUGUUUAUACCAAGAUCUAGACCAUGCAAAGCAACCUGAAUUCAUUUUCAUCCCUGCUGAUGUCAGUGCCUGGUGGAACCAGUCUGGAAAAAGCAUGAAUGAUAAUAUGUGGUAUCCACAGCCAGAAAAGAAGCAACAUACGACUUCACCUGCUGGUGAGACAACUGGUCUAUAAAAACUGUGGAGAUAUCUUUUGCUCAGGGACACAUAACAAACAGAUAUGUGAAUAUGCCAGUGAAGAGGACAAGACAUGACAAUCCCCAGGCUGGAAGGUCACAGGUUCUAACCUGACUGUCUAUAAAUAAUUAACUAGUCUUUUUAUCUUGUGUGGUAAUAAGGUAUACAAAUGGUUCCCACUCAAAUGGUUAGGAUGCUAUAGUCUUGGCUAUCUGACACGCUCUAUUACCAAGUAUUCCACUUUAAAUUCCAGUCAAAUUACAAUCUUGGGCUCUGUUGCUCAUAAGG